UUGGGAGGAUUCCCAGCCCCCCGUCUCCUUAUUUGAAAACUAAAGAACAAAAUGUAUGACAGGUAUGUUAGUUUGCUCAUAUACCUCAAUGUUUUGUUAAUAUAGAGGCUACUUGCGGUUUGAAGACAGCUGUUGGACUCCGUAAUGUUGUUAGCUUUGCUGUUAGCUAAAGCUUCCAUCUUCCUGUAGCAGCCGUCCAUCCGUCUUCUUUGUGCCAGAAGCAAUGUACCUCAACAGUUAAGAUGGAAGAAAACCAGUAUACAUCAUUGACGGUUCCCACGGAUUAUUUCCAGCAGUGGUACCAGUCCAGCCAGCAGCACCCGGAGGCGCAGUAUGUUAUGCCGUAUCACAACAUGGGCCAUUACACAGAAGGUCCCAGAGAUGAGCCUGUCAUGGCCGAGCUGUCCGUCCACCGGGAUCCACCUGUUCACCAGGAACCUUUCUACCAAAGUUUUAACCCCCCGGCCCAAAAUCACUACCACGAGCUGACCUACCAGCCCAACUUCAGGGAGCAGCAGCAGCAUCCUGCACACCCUCAGCACCAACAUACAAUACAGCAGCAGGAGCCGAGUGUUCAGCACCAACCUCAGCCUGCUGGUACCCCUCAAGGUGUGACGCCGGCGAAGAAGAAGCGAGGCCGGCCUCCUAAGCAGCAGGCGGAGGACGGGAAGACGCAGGAGGAGGAGAAUGAGAUUGAGGCAGCCAAAAAAGCCAAGAGGGCUCUCAACCGCUUCAACGGUUUGUCAGUGGCCGAGGUUAUGGCCAAAACCCUGCCAGACGUCAUUACCUACAAUCUGGACAUAUUGAUAAUUGGAAUUAACCCAGGACUUUUGUCUGCCUUCAAAGGACGCCAUUACCCGAACCCAGGAAACCAUUUCUGGAAAUGUCUGUUUCUUUCUGGUCUAACUGACGAGCAGCUCAACUUCAUGCAUGACCAGAAUCUGCCGGAGCUAUAUAACAUCGGCUUCACCAACAUGGUCGAGAGGACAACACCUGGCAGCAAGGACCUCUCCAGUAAGGAGAUUCGUGAAGGAGGUCGACAGUUACUCGACAAGCUGAAGAAAUACAAACCAUUAAUAGCAGCUUUUAAUGGAAAAGGUAUUUAUGAAAUCUUCUGCAAAGAAACGUUUGGUGUGAAGGCAAAGAACCUCGACUUCGGCCUGCAGCCUUACAAAAUCCCAGAAACUGAAACGGUGUGCUACUUGAUGCCAUCAUCCAGCCCCCGCUGUGCCCAGUUCCCCCGUGCGCAGGAUAAGGUACAUUUCUACAUCAAGCUGAAGGAACUGCGAGACGAGAUGAAGGGCCUGGCGCCCAGGCGCGAGGUGGAAGAGACGGAGUACUCGUUCGAUCUGCAGCUAGCUAAAGAGGAUGCAAAGAGGAUAUCAAUCAAAGAAGAGCAGGUGGAUCCAGAGUAUGAAAGCUGUAGCGGGCUGCCUGGUGACGCGAAGCAAAGCAGCAACUCCUCCAACUAACAGAGACCGAGGAGAGGAGAAAAAACAGGCCUGUCUGCUGUAGCACACAGAAAUGGACAUUGUAGGCCAGUCUGCGGACAACAUGACACGGAACCACUGCAGCUGGAGAGGUUCGCUCAACAGAUACCAGAUAGCAGCUGUACUAGUAGCAUGAUGCAUCAAUGAGGGUAAGAAACCCUCUGAUGACACCACAACAAAAGAGGAGUCUUACAGUUUCCUGAGGCCUCGCAAUGUGACGCACAAGGGAGAAAGUGCCCACACCGGUUACAUUUUCUAACUCUCAAACAGACUGUGCAUGUUUUGGUGUUAUUUUUUAUCACUAUUUAUUGCAUUUUGUAUGGUAUGUGUGUCCAGUGACUUAUUUUUGUAUUUUUAAAGAAUGACAUUUUAUGAUUUAUCAGCUGUAUAAAUAGGUAAUUGUACUCUGGAAUUUCUAAUCUGUAAUUACAGAGUUAUUAAAUCUCUUCUAAAGCUGGCA